AUGGACGACAAGCCCCACAGCUUCCUUCCCACUGCACCCACCAAGAGAGAACGGUCAGCGUCCGAUCAGCAAAAGGACAGCGACCAGCACACCUCCGACACAGAGGAGCACCCUACAAAGAGAACGCGUCGAGUUGUGGACUCGAGCACCACUUGCGCACCCGAGCAGUUGCACUGCCGGUACGCCAACAAGAAGUGCCUCAACCCACGGGCCGUCAAACGAACAGGCGGUCUGCACACUUUUUGUGCCAUGCACCGCGCCAACGCCAACCGCAAUCAACGUCGCCUGGACAUGCGCAAGCGCAUGGCUCGCCAGGCAUUACGAGCUCAGACCGAGUCGGGUCAAGCAUCUCCGGCACCAAAUGCAGCUACUUCUCGACAGCAAACAGAUUUGAAGCCAGAAGCUGCUGCGUCGCCUUCGACUUCUCCGACUCAUUACGAUUUACGGUUUGAACCGCUGCAGACUCCCACGCCACUGCAGGAGGAAGAUAUCUCCACUUUGGUGAUGCUCUUCCUACCCCCGGAGACUGCGCGCGAUGCCACGUUCGAUUUCUAUCUUAACGCUCCAAUGACUCCCACGACACCCCACGACUGGUCUUCCUCGACUAGUAAUGGCGGAAUAACUCCACCACCGCCUGAAGGCAUGCAGUUCUGA